UCGUUAACAAAAAGUGAUAAAUUAGCUCAUUGUUGGCAAUAUGCGCGGAACUUAAACGCCCUGUCACGAGGGCGGGGGGGCAAAAGAAAGCCGCCUGCGCGUUCGCUGCAGGCGUCGUCACAUUAGAUGCGCAAGGCAGAAAUCCCACGUUGCAUGUGGAUUCCUUUUGUUUUAAAAAAAAUAAAAAAUAAAAUAAAAAAUCAUAAUGUGCCGCUAAUAUGAUCAACCUCACCACGCGCUCUCCGCUUCCCCCAGUCUCGUGCAACCAUGGCCCGGAUUCCGGGAAGAUCAACCACGAUAUUGGUGAGAAACCCACGUUUUCGUGGCGUUUGAUAUCUAUCACAUGCUGGGUUGUAGCGGCAAGCGGCCGGGGGAGCUUUGCUGUCGCCAAGGGCCUGCUCAAUUUAUGAGGAGGGCCUUAAUUAAUACUGUAAAGCAUGGGGGUGGGAAAUGGCAGUCGCUGGGUCUCGACGCACGCAUUAGUAACGAAUGCUCUUUUGUUUGCUGCUUCGCCGAUCCCAUUGGGGAGGAGGGUUGCUUGGGCAUUCGUAUUUCCCAAGUGAGAUUGUUUCCAAGAUUCUUCGAUAUUGCCAGUUCCGUUAUUCCGCUUUGGAGGAUGAGAACAAUGAAAAGGCAUAGAAUGUAACCCGUGAAAAAUAAUAUUGGCGUCUGCGCAAGACGUAACCGUGCAUGCGGGUCGGUCGAGAACUAGGAAGAUGCAAGGGAAAUAGCAUAUUGCUGAGAGCGCGGCCCAAUAGCUCACGGGAUCAAUUGCUCUGGUCGAAUUGGUAACUUGGCCGAAAAAAAAAAAAAAAAAAAAAAAAAAAAAAGGAAAAAAGGAAAAAGCAAAAGAAUUAUACCAGGCCUGGUUGAAACGCGAGCCGCUUUUGAUUCAAAGAGCGGGAAAAAGUAUCUCAUCAACGGGGCG